AUGCACAAAGGGCUCCUACUUGCCGCCGCCUUCAGUGGCUUCGCGGCCGCUGACGAGACAUGGACCAUCAACGCCAGCUCCAACUGGGGGACUUGGGAGGGUUGGGGUGUAUCUCUGGCUUGGUGGGCAAAGGCCUUUGGCAACCGUGACGACCUGGCCGACAUUCUCUUCAGCCUGGACAACACCGCCUUCAGCUCUAAGAGCGUGCCUGGGCUGGGCUUCAACAUUGCCCGGUACAAUGCCGGAGCUUGCAGCAGCAACACGUACAACGGUACGUCCAUGUCCGUGCCGUCCACCAUGAAGAAGUCGCGUCAGAUUGACGGGUUUUGGUGGGAUUGGGCGUCCAAGGAUCCAGCCUCAUCUAGCUGGCACUGGACCGUCGACGCCAACCAGAGGACUGCUCUCACCAAGGCCAAGGCCAAUGGAGCCAACCGCUUUGAGCUUUUCAGCAACGCUCCUAUGUGGUGGAUGCUGUACAACAAUAACCCUGCUGGGAGUGAUGACGGGUCCUCCGACAACCUGCAGACCUGGAACCAAGGCGACCACGCGCUGUACCUCGCCCAGGUCGCCGCACGAGCAAAGAGCAGCUGGGGCAUCAACUUCGAGAGCGUCGAGCCGUUCAACGAGCCCAUCUCGACCUGGUGGAACGGCAAGUCGGGCACCCAAGAGGGCUGCCACUUCAGCGUCAGCGCACAGGCCAGCGUCAUCCCGCUGAUGCGCUCGCAACUCGACGCCGUCGGUUUGACAUCUGCAGCGGUGGCCGCAUCAGACGAGAACAGCUACGACGAAGCCGUCUCGACAUUCAAGGGGCUGGGCUCGGCCGCCGUCGGCAAGAUCGGCCGCGUCAACGUCCACGGCUACCAGAAGGGCAGCGGCGAUCGCAGCGGGCUGUACACCCUCGCCACUAACGCGGGGAAGAAGAUCUGGAACAGCGAGUACGGCGAGAACGACGCCACCGGCAAGCAGCUGGUGUCGAACCUGAUCCUCGACUUCCGCUGGCUGCACCCCACCGCGUGGAUCUACUGGCAGGCGAUCGACGGCGGAGGCUGGGGCCUCAUCAACGGCGACAACGACGCCGUCACGCUCAGCAACGUGGAGCAGAAGUACUACGCCCUCGCCCAGUUCAGCCGUCACAUCCGUGAUGGUAUGCGCAUCCUCGACGGUGGCUCCGACCACGUCGUCGCGGCGUAUGAUACCGCCAAGUCGAAGCUUAUCAUCGUUGCUGUGAACUGGGGAUCAGCGCAGUACAUCAACUUCGACCUGUCUAAGUUCUCUACUGCUGGGACGGACGGUCAGACCAUCCCCAGGUGGUCGACUGUGGUCGCCAGCGGUGGUGCGCAGUAUGUCUCUUCGCCGGCCGACACAAAGCAGAGUGGCACCAAGUUUUGGUCUUAUUUCAACACCAACCAGGUUCAGACCUUCGAAAUUUCGAAUGUCAAGAUUUGA